AUGAACAUGUCCAACUGCUCCUUUGUCCUCGUCCAUGACAAAGGGACAGGGGACUGUCCUCCAGGGGACAGGUGUGCUCCUCUGUCCGUCCCUGGCCUGAACAGCAGCUCCACUCACCUGGAUGACGCCUGUUUAUCAGAAACACUGUACUUGGAGAAGUACCUGGGUCCUCCUCGUUCCUCUGUGUUCCUGCCGGUGUGCCUCAUCUACCUGACCGUCUUCAUGGUCGGUGUUUUUGGAAACAUCCUGACGUGCACCGUUAUUGUCCGGAACAAAGUGAUGUGGACUCCCACCAACUACUACCUGUUCAGCCUGGCGGUGUCGGACCUGCUGGUGCUGCUGCUGGGGAUGCCUCUGGAGCUCUACGAGCUGUGGCAGAACUACCCCUUUCUUCUGGGGAAAGGUGGUUGCUACUUCAAAACCUUCUUGUUUGAAACCGUCUGCUUGGCAUCCAUCCUGAACGUGUCUGCUCUGAGCGUGGAGCGCUACAUCGCUGUGGUUCAUCCACUACGGGCUAAAUAUGUAGUGACGCGCACUCACGCUAAGCGGGUGAUCCUGACGGUCUGGGGGGUGUCCGUGUUGUGUGCUGUACCCAACACUAGUCUUCAUGGGAUUACCACCCUUCAUAGACCUUCUACGGGUCCUGAGGGGAACGGUUCCACACACACAGAGAUCCCUGACUCAGCCAUCUGUACACUGGUGAAGCCUCAGUGGAUCUACAACCUGACCAUCCAGAUCACCACGCUGCUGUUCUUCAUCCUGCCCAUGCUCACCAUCAGUGUUCUCUACAUGCUCAUCGGCCUCCAACUGAAGCGGGAGAAGCUCCAUCAGACCCUGGAGGCCAAAGCCGGCUUUGAGCAGGACAGCUUCUGUCAUGUUCGUACACAGCAGCAGAAGCUUCGCCGCCAACAAGUCACUAAGAUGUUGUUCGUUUUAGUGGUGGUCUUUGGGAUCUGCUGGGCCCCCUUUCACACUGACCGCCUCAUGUGGAGUUUCAUCCAGGACUGGACCGACGCCCACCGGGAGCUCUUUGAGUACGUGCACAUCAUUUCUGGGGUGUUCUUCUACCUGAGCUCCGCAGUCAAUCCCAUCCUCUACAACCUCAUGUCCACACGCUUCAGGGAAAUGUUCAAGGAGGUCAUGUGUCAUCGGCCACAUCACACCACGCCGCGAAAACACUCUCUGAGCGUGACCAGAGUGACCCUUCGAAGUACUCUGAGCGAUGCACCGCUCAGCACCGGAGCAGCUGUUGGUGAAGCAGAGGACGCAGACGGAAGGGUGAAGGAGGAGGUCAUGUGUUCAUGUUAG